CGGUUGCUGACGUCACUUCCGCUGUGCUUCCUGAGGUCUCGGUGGCGUUCAUAGGAUGUCUAAACUGGAACGUCUGAACGCCCGCGUGGCCAAACUGCUGACUGCAGCCGUGCAGGAGGUCCUGGAGGCGGUGAAAGAGACGGUGUCCGAGUACCAACAGAGAACGUCCAGAACGCAGAGGGAAAACGAAAGUCUGAAAAGAACAGUGCACGAGCUUCGGCUCAGACUAACCAAAGAAAACACAGCCAAGCCGUUACGCGACAAAGCAGAUGACGAGGAGGAUCGGCGACAGGAUUUGAGCCCAUUUCAAAAACAUGAUGUGGAUGUAAGCACCACAGAGCCGAACGGCGCCGGACGCGAUUUCGGUGUGAAGCAGGAACCCAAAGAGCCGGAGCGACGCGCCGACUGUGACCAAUCAGGAGCCGAGUUCUGCACAGCACGACCACAGGAGACGAGUGCAACGAGUGAGGAAGUUGAAGCGUCGCACCGUGCCACCAGGGACUCAGACGCCGCGCCGUCAAACAACGUGUGCCACUCUUACACCAGCGCGAUCCUUCUGCAUGCCGUGAAAACAGAAACCCAGAACGCAUCACAAGAGCAACAACAGCAACCCGGAUGUGUCGACUUGAGCUGCGGCUCUUCUACGGAGAACCCCGGCUCACAGGUCGUCUUUGUCAGCUUAAACCCCGAUUCACACAGGACGCAGGGGAGCAGCACACACCCCAACAGGGCUGCAGUCAGCCGCAGGGAAAUCCGCCUGGAGCACCACGGGAGCAGCCACCUCCACCUGUGCGUCGUGUGCGGGAAGACGUUCAGCCGGCUCGCCAACUUGAGGAUCCACCAGCGCUGUCACACGGGGGAGAAGCCGUACGGCUGCGUGCAGUGCGGCAGGCGCUUCAGCCAGGCGGGGGACCUGAAGAAGCACAAGAGGGUCCACACCGGGGAGAAACCCUACUACUGUAGCCAGUGCGGAAAGAGCUUUAGCCGAGGGGAGAACCUGAAGAGACACCAAAGGAUCCACAUCGGAGAGACUCUGCAGCUGCAGCGAGCAUGGAGGGAGCUGCAGUAGGGAGAGUCCCGCUGUUUCGCUGCUCGUGCCCUUAAAAAAAAAAAAA